GGUGCCAUCUACCCAGGUCCAAUCAGAACGAGGAAGAGGCGGAACUCGGCGACACCUUCCAUUACAUGGCUGUCGAAUGAAAAAAAAAGUUUUCAUCCGGCCAUCCCAACUCUCAGUAUGAAUGGAACAAGUUACGCCAACUUUGACAACCAGGAGCACGUUUUGAAAUUGGGCGAGACGUUCGAGAAACACCCCAAGAGUGCCUACCACACCGUGCGAUAUGAUUUCAAACCAGCUUCGAUUGACACAGCAUGUGAAGGGGAUCUGGAAGUGGGCAAAGGAGAGCAAGUCACCAUUACUUUACCCAAUUUAGAGGGCUCCAGUGCUCCAGUGACAGUUUUCAAGGGGUCCAAGCGCUCGUACAUGAAGGAGUGCAUCCUCAUUGUCAACCAUGACACUGGAGAGUACCGACUUGAGAAGCUCAGCAGCAACAUUGCGGUCAAGAAGACAAGGGCCGAGGGCAGCAGUAAGAUUCAUUCGCGCAUGGAGCAGCAGACCAGUCGUCUGGGCCAGCAGAUGAAGACCAGCGGUAGCGGUAGCUGUGGUAGCAGUGGAAGCGGAAGCAAGAGCACACCGGGAUCCAAAAGUUCUCCGCCCAAAGAGAAGAUAUCGCCUGCGUCGCCGCUGGAUGACAUUGAAAAAGAGCUAAUGGCGGAGGCGCGCGUCAUGGACCAGAUGAGCAGUGGCAGCUCCUCCAACAGCUCCUCGUCCUCCAGCAGUGACGACAGCUCCAGCAGCAGCGACUCGGAGGAAGAACGCGGUGGUGCCAGUUCUACCGCCACGCCCCCUAAUGCGGCGUUGGCCCAGAACAGCCACAACAUGCCCGUCCUCACCACCAACAACCGCUUGCAGGAGGGAGGAGGAGGAGCAGCAGUAGGAGGAGAAGGAGGCUUCAUGAACACACUCAAAAACGACCUCCAAUUAAGCGAAUCGGGCAGUGAAAGCGACUGACCAGCCACCAGCUAGGACGUCUGCUAACGUGCAUUUUGGUUCUUUCUUGAUUAGUUCCUUUUGUUUUGAGAUGUGUUCAAGAAUCCUGGGAAACACCAGCGGUUUUAUUUACAUGUCCACCAAUGAAGUCUUAAAGCGCCCACAGCGGUGUUGCACAUUUCAGCUCAGCAUCAUGGGUAACUUACAAUAUGUGCCUUACAUGGUCACAUGUCGUUUAUAAACAAACUUUUUGAUUUUUUUUUUCCCCCCUUCUUUUUCCAAAAUGCUCCCUCCACUUGUCCGUUCAAUCAUUUCGUGUUGUUGUUCACAUGUUUGCCCAAUCUAUUCAGUCUGUUAGCAUUCAGACUAAAUCAUGGUAAGUGUUAGAAACGUAGCUCAGGGAUUUCCAAAAUUUUGUUCCCACCCAUUGCCUGAAUUUACAAACUAUAGCAUCGAAAUUUAUGUAGUGCCACAACGCCGGAAUAAACAAAUCAUACAUAACUAGUUAAUUGGUCAGAAAAGGUAGUUAAAAGUUCAAUAAUGACAUCAGCCUUCGCUUACAAAUAGAAUCACAAUCAAUUUGUACUCCCAUUUGGAGUGACUGUGAUGUGGCAUUUUGCCACCAUUUCCUCGUCAUCUUCAUUGUGUGUCGCUAACAUUGCUAGCACAUCUACAAUAGUUGCCUAUGUUGCUACUUGACUUUGUGGCUGGUUGUUAAUGUUGCUACUUGUUGUUGAUUUUACUUGGUAACAAUGGUAGCGUAUCCAUAUGACAGAGUAGUUCGCGUCCUCCAUUAUGUUUCAUUAAAGUUGUUAGCUUAUCUAGUUCAGAGUGUAGCAAAUUGCCAACCAUGCUAACAACUGACACUGUAGUGAGAUGCCACUGUGGCUAAGUGCUAACGGUGCUACGUCAUGUUAAAUGGCUUUUUUUCUUUUUAAUUCUCUUUACCAGAUCAAUGAUUUAAACCUGCCAUACUUGAAUCCAAAUCAUUAAUUUAUUUAUCUAAGCAGUGACUGGCCUAAUAAUAAUUAUUAUAAUGACGUAAGAGGAAAACGCAUGUGAAUCCUUUGGAAUGUUUUAAAUUUCUUAUCUUAAUCAAAAUGACAAGACUCACCAUUACACACAAUCAUGUACUGAUAUAAUGGUUGGUAGUUGCUGACCUGGUAACCAGAGUAAUAGGGUGGUUUGUGAUUCUUGACUUUUCUCUUGGCUUAACUUGUGUACGUUGCGGAGAUUGUAACACCCCCCUUGAGGCACCGCCUUCCUCUCCUCUCUCCUGACACCCUUGCCGGUCAUUACUCGCUAUGCACACUUAAUAUGGUCUUGCUUGUGGCGGUGCUUUUUUGGGUGCCAGUUGGCUCUUGUGUUGGGACUUCCAUGCUUUCUGGAUGUGGUCGCAGUGGAGUGGCACACUGGAUAGUGGGUGAGAUGGGGAUUGUGUGUGGAGGGUGGUGAUCCCAUACUCGUGUCCCUUCCUUUUGAACUAGUUGGGGAGCUUUGAUUGGGCGAGGGGACCGCCCUCGGUCCUGAGGAGAGUGGAGCAUUCAUUGGCUGAGUCCUCUGCUGGAUGGACUGACUGACUUGGCCCACCUUUGCAGGGGGUCAUGAGCCACCCUUCCUUAAUGUGCCAGCUCAGCAACUCUGUACGCAAGUUCACCUUCAUGCGUGUGAUAGAGUGUUCAUACCCUAAUCAGUUCCAAAAACAAUGGAAUGGGCUUGAAAUGCUUAUGUGGAACAACUACAACACUGUAAAAGCAUUCCACCACACCACUCACCAGCAGCAUUGCCUAGCUCAUUUCACAUAUCCCUUCCUGCCCUUUUUUGUCCUCUUAUCUUGUUCUUUUUGUUAUUUGUUACAUGUCCUCACAUUGUGCAUGCAUGCACCAUCCCCAAAAAGGAACACAAUUUGACUGUUGUAAUGUUACUUGUCAAAUAUCUACCUAACUGCUACGGUUUACACCAUUCUCUCCAUCUGUCCCCUAAAUCCCCUUUCUAUCUGUCUGGAUAUUCAAUAAACAUCACAAUAAUAAAAAAAUUAA